UUAUGACAGUGCAUUUCCGGGGCAAGGUUUUUGUCUGUAAAGUGUUUUGCCGCACACCGGUUGACAUUUUUUAAUACUAAACUUUUUUGCUGGCUUUUUUGUGUCAUGUCUCGGGGGUCAAGUGCAGGCUUUGACCGUCAUAUCACGAUAUUCUCUCCGGAGGGAAGACUUUACCAAGUGGAGUACGCCUUCAAGGCAAUCAACCAGGGAGGACUGACCUCUGUGGCAGUCAGAGGGAAGGACUGUGCUGUGAUUGUCACCCAGAAGAAAAUCCCAGACAAGCUGCUAGAUGCCGAGACAGUCACACAUCUGUUCAAAAUAACAGACAGCAUAGGGUGUGUGAUGACCGGCAUGACGGCUGACAGCAGGUCUCAGGUGCAGAGAGCGCGAUAUGAAGCAUCCAACUGGAUGUACAAGUACGGCUAUGAAAUUUCUGUUGGCAUGUUGUGCAAACGCAUGGCUGACAUCUCUCAAGUCUACACACAGAACGCCGAGAUGAGACCACUAGGAUGCUGCAUGCUGAUGGUGGGAGUGGAUGAGGAACUGGGUCUGCAGCUGUUUAAGUGUGAUCCAGCUGGCUACUACUGUGGUUUCAAGGCCACUGCAUCUGGAGUUAAACAGACAGAAGCCAUCAGCUUCCUGGAGAAGAAAGUCAAGAAGAAACCGGACUGGAGCUAUGAGCAGACCAUUGAGACGGCCAUCUCAUGUCUGUCCACUGUCCUGUCCAUCGACUUCAAGCCCUCCGAAUUGGAGGUGGGGGUCGUCUCCUCCAAAGAACCUCGAUUCAAGAUUCUCUCAGAGUCUGAGAUCGACACUCACCUGGUGGCUUUGUCAGAGCGAGAGUGAGACGCUCACACGUCUGAAGUGGAUGGAAGUCUCGAACACAAGAUUGACACUUUUAUACAACUGAGGUAGAAUAUUUUACCCACCUUUUUUUUUUUUUUUGCACUUUUCCAGAACGGGACAAACAUAUUCCCGCCUUUGCAACAUUUUGUCUUUUCCUCUCUUACUUUAGUUUUGAUGACAGUGACAUGAAUGGGGUUUUCACUUUCAGUAGACUUUUUUGUCCUUCAGAUUCUUUAGAUUUCACCAUCUUUACUCAGGGUCAACAAUAUAACGCUGAGCUUCAGCCUUGAAGAUGUCAAAUUGGUGUUUUGAAUAAAACCAGAGUGUCUUCUACAGUCAACCUCAGCAGGAACUCACUCAUUACUUCAUUCUGGGGUUUUUCUUUUCUUUGCCUGGAACCUUUGACUGCCUUUAGCCUUUAUAUCAGUCUGACAGCAUGCAGGUCAUUUUACCGCUGCUGCUUUUUGGAUUUGUUGUGCUCAGUUUUCCUAAAAUAAUUAUAUUGGUGGAACAUUUUUUGUUUUUCAUUACGUUUUACUUCUGCUUAUGUAUGUAAAAACCUGUACUGCAACAACAUAAUUUCCCCAUUGUGGAAUUAAUAAAAGUCUACCGUAUCCUA